AUGAAGGAGAAAGGAAGGGAGAUUCGUUCUUAUGCCCGAUUUGCGACCUGCGCCCCGCCAAAAACGUGUAAUGGUCGGCACAAUUUAUUUAUCCAUGUUAUUUUAGUUUUUGGCACAGGAUUUUGGACUAUAAACGGUUUGGCGACGGAAAGAAGGACUUGGUUUAGCUCGAAUUUGGUUGAUUUUACUGGUAUCUGAGUGUUAUUGGGGGUAAACUAGUGAUUGGAACCAGUGAAGGUAAGGAAAGCUUUUGUUUAUUAUUCUGUUUUUAGAUGGCUUUGCCCGUGAAGGAUGAGGUUAUGAAGAUGGACAUUCUGGAUUUAGUGGUAUCUACCGAUCUGAAAGAAUUGACAAGCAAAUUUGUGAGGAACAACUUGGAGAAGAAGUAUACAGUGCCUAUGAAGCCUUUUAAAGGCGCAAUCGACAAUAUGAUUAGAGAUUCUAUUAAACAAGUUUAUCCACAAGGACCAGGUGGACCAAAAGUGUUACCUAAAAUUAGUAAUAACGAGAACAAGAAUAAUAAGAGGAAAGCAGAGACUUCAUCUGGUUCUGAAUCAGAUACCGAUCCUCGGCCAAGCACUUCUAAAGAUGAAGCCAAGAAGAUGAAGAUAGACGAUGAUUUUCCAAUGGAAUUUGUGGACAAGUACGAGCAAAUCAAGCUAAGGAGAGCUGCUCAAAGAACUCAGAAGAGGAAGCCUCAGAAGAAGGAGAAUGGAGAUGGACCUAAAAAGUCGGCCUUCUCUAAGAUCUGUUUAUUGUCAGAUGAACUGUUCGGCAUCACCAAUCAACGUUAUAUGUGUCGAUCUCAAGUGGUCAAGGAAAUGUGGUCGUACUUUAGAGAAAAAGACCUGAUUGAUCCCAAAAACAAAAGAUAUGUGAUUCCAGAUGAAAAGGCACAAACUGUUUUUGGACCUAAAAAGUUUUUGGUAUGUUUGUGGGGGUUUUGUAAGAAAAGGUUCCUAAUUGCAGCCUUAGUCUUUUAGUCUGACGUUCUUAUUAAGUCAACAAACAAAGGCUGCUUUUGUUUAUUUUUCUUCACGUUAUAGUUGUUUAAUAUAUAAGACAGAUUUUAUAUUUCUUUAAUGAUUUUAUAUCACCUUGUUUAUAUGAUUGUAUCUCGUUUUAGGCUUUCGGAAUGAUGAAAAUAUUGAAGAAUCACAUUCACGAUCUUGAGUUCUUGGACAAUGAAGCUCGUGACAAUGCUGUAACAGAAAUCAGGGAAUUGUCAGAUGCAGGAACAUUGGAUUUGUCGCUAGUCAAGUUGCCUUCUUUCUACUAUGAAGGUUCAGAAGCCAGCAAUGAUAAGAAGGCAAAGGAGAGAAAACAAACCAAGUCGAAGAAAGUGGCAGAUAAACAACCGAAGAAGAAGGGACGACCCAAGAAGAACACCACGAAGACGAAGACUGUCAUCUCGGAUGAUUCAGAUUCUUCUUCCGAUGAAUCCGAAGUGAAUUCUCAGAGUAAUGAUAAGAAGACCGACCAAAAUGGGGAUAAUGGGGCUGGAAAUGACAUGGAGACGAGCAACGAGGCUGAGAAUGAUAGUCAAGAGCUGGUUAAUCAUGUUAAGUAUGCGGGGAAUGUUAAGAAAGAUUUGGUGAACGGUAGUAAAGAUAAUGGCACUCAAAUUGAAGAGAAAGUCAAGGAGGAACGGCCGAAGUUGGUGUUGAGGAUCUCAAAGAAGAAUGAUAGGGUAGGUUGAAAUAAAGUUAAUGUUCGAUUUACGUCUGUUUAUAACGUUUUUAGAUUGACGUUAUUAUUUUUUAAAACUUAUAGUAAGAAAAAGUAUUACCUAAAAACAUUUUUUAUACACUUAUGCGAUUUUUACUUUAUCUUAUGAGUUUUUUUAUAUUUCUAUAAAUCUUUAUAUUAUUUUACGCUUUUUUGCACCUAUAAGCACUCUUUUUGACUUUGCUUUUAAGCUCUUUUAACUUACUUCUUAUGCAAUUCUUUCUUAAUCUAACCAACGUCUUAUUCCCCGUUUUUUAGAUGGUUUCGGUGAGCGUGAAUGAGAAGGACGGACAGCGGAAUGAGGGCGCGAAGGACAUUGAUCAGCAGCCGGUCACGACUAACGCACUCGAUGAUUCAUCUGAGUCUAAUAAUGAAGAUCCGCCAACCUUAGAAGUUGAAAUGCCCCAAGAGAAUGGCAAUGGGCAGUCGAGCUCCAGCAGCUCUUCGUCCAGCUCGAGUUCUUCUUCGUCGUCUUCUGGAAGUUCGUCGAGUGAUUCCGAAUCUGACAAUGACGAGAAGAAGACGGGCGAGCUGCAAUUAAGCGAAUCUGAUUCUGAUUAG